AUGGAUCAAGUAAACCUGCGUCGUAAAGAUACCACAAAGGGUCCUCCGCUGAGGAUCCUCUCCCUUGAUGGAGGCGGUGUCCGCGGCUAUUCCAUGCUCAUUAUACUACAGGAGUUGAUGUAUCGAACCUAUGUUGAAUGUGAAGGCAAACCACCACGUCGCGAUCAGAUUCCUAAACCAUGCGAUCAUUUCGACCUCAUUUGCGGCACCGGUACCGGCGGCUUGAUCGCCAUCAUGCUUGGGCGUCUUCGCCUCGAUCUCGAGACAUGCAAGGAAGUCUACGUUCGCAUGACCCGGAAAGUUUUCGAGACCGACAAAACCAUCGCUGGUAUUCCCUUCAGAUCGACUCUGUUCAAGGCCUCGAAGCUGGAGGAGGCCAUUCGGGAAUGCGUUCGCGAGCAUACGGUUUUCGAGGCGGAGGGGAAUGACUUGCCCAAUGCCAAGCCUCACUCCUCCGUCUCGAAUGCUCCCUACAGCCCGGUGUCUGCACCACAGCGGUCUGUCAGCCGUGGAAGUUUCAGUCAUUCGCCCGCGGCCAUGUCUCCGGGCCCGAUGAGCCAAAGAAACUCGCUUUUUCUUAACGGACUCCGCUGGGGUAAUCCAGAGGCCUCACUCUAUGACCAACGAGAUAAUCGGACCAAGACUGCUGUGACUGCGCUUUACAAAGGCACGCAAAAGAAUGGUCCAGCUAUUUUCUUGCGCUCUUAUGACUCUCGUCGAGAACCUCCACCUGAAUUUGACUGCACUAUCUGGCAAGCUGGUCGCGCGACUGCGGCUACUGGCCUUGCUUUCAAGCCAAUUCAGAUUGGACAGCAUGUUUUCAUCGACGAGGGUCCAGGUACGUACAAUCCGGCACCUCAAGUUCUUGAUGAAGCUGUGGUGAAUGAGUGGCCCGGCCGGGAGGUCGGUGUCUUUGUCAGUAUCGGCACUGGCCGUCGGCCUUCUGGCACCAAUGCCCAGCAGCACGAGUGGUGGGAAGGAUUCUUUGGAGAUUCACUGGGCACAUUCGCCGAGGCUCGGCGACGACUCAUUGCUAAGAUCGAGGGCUGCGAGGACAUCCACCUGCAAAUGCUGCGCGAUCAUCUUGCCAAGCGCAAUGUCAGCAAAGACAAUUACGUGCGCCUCAAUGUUGAGGUCGGUGUCGGCGAGUUCGGCAUGAACGAAUGGAACCGACUGGCGGAUAUCAGUACCAACACACGACGAUAUCUCUCCAAGCCCGAAGUCAAGAAGAUGAUUCUAGAUGCGGGCGUCAGGAUGGCCAAGAUCGACCGCAUGAACAAGCGUUUGGCCGAUCAUGCGGCAGCUGGCGGAGAGCGGGAUGAUCUAUCAUUUGACCUCGAGCAGGAAGAGCUUAUUGUGUCAGACCUCGACUCUUCCAAUCAGCCUCUAUCUCAACCUCGGCCGCAGUCUUUCUACUCCGUACCUCCGCCUUCCAAUGCAUUCGCCGUGGAACUCCCUGCCGAACCUGUGGAGUUUAGUCCUGAAGCUGGGGUUGUACCACCUGACUCGCUUCCCCUUCACCCAACACCUCAAGAAUCCAUAUCGCCGACACAUGUGGCGCCAACGCGACACUCCAGUGCCGAUAUCACUGGUUUCCGACCAGCUCAUGAGUUCAGGCCGACAUCUCAAUACUACGGCUCACCUCACCACAGCAGCGAUCAUAUCGCUCACAAUGGCAUCCCACCGCCAGUCCCUCCCAAGACACCUUUCUCCUACCCAGCGAACAAUAGUAACGUUUAUGUUCCAUCGCCAUUGUUCUCUCAACCUCAUAUUACCUUAAAUAACGGGAUGCGCCCUCCAUACCCAGAUGAUGAGCCACCGCCCGCUGUUAAUUGGCAACGAAAGCCUAGUUACAAUGUGCGGUGA